CGAAGUCUCUUUCUUCAUUCUAUAGAAAACCGAGAGCUGAUUCUUUACGAUAUCAUUUUCAUCUUCAAUGUUACCCGGACGAGCUCAGAUUCAUACACACCACUCUCUCUAUAUGCGUAUCUCUAUACACAGGAGCACUCGCGGAUCUCAAUUUCAGGUGUUUGCGAUUCCGAUUUAGGUUCGAUAGGUUCGAUGGUGGAUCAUUACCAAGUUCUAGGCCUUGCGAGAAACGCGACGAAGAAAGAGGUUAAGGAUGCGUUUCGGAGAUUGGCGAUAAAGUAUCAUCCUGAUAAGCACGCGCAGUCUCCGGAGCACGUUCGGAGAAACGCCACCGUGCGAUUUAAGCUUGUAUCGGAGGCGUACGAAGUUUUGAACGACGAUCUGAAACGCGCUUCUUAUAACGCUGUUAGCGACUCCGAUUGCUUUCGCCGCGGUUCGUAUAGUAGUAAUCCGUAUGGGAAUCGUAGUGGUAGAGCGUAUGGCUCUGGCUAUGGUUACGGUUAUGGUUACUCUGCGAAGAAUCGCCAGUCCUCUAGUUUCAGCAGCGGAUUUGAUAUGACCUUUCGGUACUUGACUACACGCGCGUUUCUACUUAAUCUCGCAUUAGCUGGUGGUUUGUACUUUGCAUUUACUGCAAUCGAUACAAGCGGAGAAACACUAUGGAAAAUGCGUAACUCAGGGAAAUCAUUCGAAGAAGCAAUGGAAUCAAUCGAGAAAUCAAAGGCACAUAAGGAUGAAGGGUGAAAGAGAGGAAGAGGACUCGAAGGUACUACUUUGACUUUGACUUUUAAGCUCUUUUGUGAGCUGCUUGAUGAGUUGAUGGGUUUGUGUGGGGCAUUGCUAGCGACUCUUCUAGAUUUCAUUUUCGUAGGAAGAAGAUGUGUCAUUGUGCACAUACGUAUAGUUCAAAGUAAAUAAUAUAGAAAAAUAGCAAACUUGAUUUUUUAUAAAUGAACCUAUUAGAAGUUGAAACCCCCACCUUUUUUUUAAUUUACCUUUCCUACCAAAGGAUUGAUCAUUUAUUUUUCUUGUUGGUAUGCAAAUCUCUUAACUUGGGCAUAAAGAGACAUAUCUAUAGUGUUAUGUUAAUUUAUUUUCUCGUCACAGUUAUUUAUCUCUCCAGAUAUCUAAAUAUUAUGAGAAAGUCCUGCUACAAGCAAUUGUUUUUGAGUCUUUUGAGUUUCACAAUGGCAAAGCAAAGAUGGGGGAUGUCCUGAUAUAAAAAAUAUAUGUAUUUAUUGGGCUUGGAGACAUUGUUGUAUUAGUGGUCGUAACGUAUUUGAUUGUCUUAUAGUAUAAAAGAUGCUGAGAAGAUAUUUUACCUUGCUCAGUUGAAAUA